AUGGAUAGCUUCACCAAAAGAGUUCUCAGAAUACCCUUGGACAAGCCAUUUGAGGAGGCUUACUUUACCCACAGGUUGUGGAUGUUCUUCAGGGAAACCAAGGAAACUGAACAGGACAUACAUAGAUUCUUUGAUCAGAUCAGAGAUAGGAUGAAGCAGAGGAUUACACUAAAGAAGAGCGAUCCUGAGAAAUUUGUAGUGCCUUACUUGGUUAAGGGCAUUGAAUUUCCAUGUGCGAUGUGUGACACAGGUUCAUCAGUCAGUAUUCUACCUAAGGUAAUGUCAGAACAUUUGGGUAUGAAGAUAGAGCCUUCGAAGGAUUCAUUCACUUUCGUGGAUCAUUCUACGAGGAACUCAGGAGGAAUCAUCAGAGACCUUGAGGUGCAGAUUGGAAAGGCACUAGUUCUAGUUGACUUCCAUGUCCUGGAAAACAAGCAGAACAAGAAUCAUUCUCUCCUGCUUGGGAGAGCUUUCAUGGACACUGUUGGAGCAGUUUGCAACAUGCAGACAAAUCAGCUGUGUCUAAUACUAAUAAAUCCCGAUGUCCACUAUGAUCCCGUCAGAGUUGUGAGGCCACGGACGUCCGAAACUGGGGUUAACACAUGA